AAUGUUCCGUAGCAUUUCACGCUCUUAGCCCGAAAGUGUUGCUGCGAAGCCGACGUUGGGGGUGUUCAUUUACGGGCUUGUCUAAUUUUUACUCCCCGUCCUCUUCUCCCAGAACGCACUCCUUUGUAAAACACGGUCGGUUGUGUUCCAGUCUCCUGAAAGCUGACAUUAAGUCAUAGGAGUGAGUUUCCUCUUUGUAUUUUAUUUAAAUUGGCGGUCUGGUUAAAGAGCGGCAGACACGCUGAUGGCGGUCACCAUUGAAGACCUGUACCGUAACUACGGGAUCCUCGCUGACGCUAAGGACGACCUCAGUAAGCACAAGGAUGCGUACCAAGUCAUUUUGGAUGGUGUAAAGGGUGGUCCAAAAGAGAAGCGCCUGGCAGCACAGUUUAUUCCCAAGUUCUUCAGCAGCUUUCCGGAACUGGCAGAUGCAGCAAUAAAUGCUCAGCUUGAUCUCUGUGAAGAUGAAGAUGUGUCUAUUCGGAGACAGGCCAUCAAGGAACUUCCACGAUUUGCAACUGGUGACAACAUCCCUAGAGUUGCAGAUAUUCUCACUCAGCUUCUACAGACAGAUGACAGUGCAGAAUUUAACCAAGUGAAUGGAGCGUUGCUUUCUAUAUUCAAGAUGGAUGCAAAGGGUACUCUCGGAGGCCUGUUUUCUCAGAUCCUGCAGGGAGAAGACAUUGUGCGGGAAAGAGCAAUCAAGUUUCUGUCAGCCAAACUGAAAACCUUGCCAGAGGAUGUCAUGACAAAAGAGGUGGAGGAGUACGUGUUUGGUGAAACAAAGAAGGUGUUGGAAGAUGUGACAGGGGAGGAGUUUGUGCUGUUGAUGCGUCUGGUGUCAGGCCUGCGCGUGUCCCAAACGGUGCACGGCCGGCAGCAGCUGGUGGAGUGUGUAGUAGACCAGGCCUUCCUGGAUCAGGCGUUAAACCCAGCGGACACUGACACCGUUGACCGUCUGCUGCAGUGCACACGACAGGCUCUUCCUCUCUUCUCUAAAAAUGUCCAUUCCACACGCUUUGUGACCUACUUCUGUGAACAUGUGCUCCCCAACCUUAGCUCUCUGACAAGUCCAGUGGCUGAGCUGGACAUUCAGCUGGAGCUACUGAAGCUGCUGGCUGAGAUGAGUCCGUACUGUGGAGACAUGGAUAAGCUGGAGGCCAAUGUCAACAUGCUGUUUACUACGCUGCUGGACUUCAUGCCUCUCCCACCAGAAGAAGCAGAAAAUGGGGAGAACUCUUCAAGUGAGGAGCCUAAACUGCAGUUCAGCUACGUGGAGUGUCUUCUCUACAGCUUUCAUCAGCUGGGCAAGAAGUUGCCAGACUUCCUCGUUGACAAAGUGGAUGCUGAGCGUCUCAAAGAUUUCAAGAUCAGGUUACAGUACUUUGCCAGAGGCCUGCAGGUUUACAUCAGACAGCUGCGUGUCGCUCUUCAAGGAAAAACAGGAGAUGCUCUGAAGACAGAAGAGAACAAAAUCAAAGUGGUGGCCCUGAAGAUCACAAACAACAUCAACGUCCUCAUCAAGGAUCUCUUCCACAACCCCCCAUCAUUCAAGAGCACAGUCACACUAUCCUGGAAACCAGUUCAGAAGACAGAAGCUGUAGCACCCAAACGUCCAUCAGGUGAGGAGUUGCCAUCAGGUGUCAGCACAAAAAAACAGAUCUCCCCUCUGCCCCGCAGGGAUGCACGGCAAAUCUACAACCCCCCCAGUGGCAAAUACAGCGCCUCCAUUGGCAAUUUUAACUAUGAACGUGGCGGCUUCAGGGGCGGUCGAGGACGAGGAUUCGGAGCCAGAGGGAACAGAAGCCGAGGCCGAAUCUACUAAGAUGCACCACACACGCAAAAAGUCAUCAUUGCUCAUUGAACUGCAUCACAUCAGGGUCUUUUCCACACAAAGUUGGACUUGACGUCUCCCGUUUUUAAAUCGUCUCUUUUUCACAUCUUGUCCCACAGUGUUUUGUUGUUGUUGUUGAUUUUUUUUUUUUUUUUUUUUAAGAAUGUGGCCGGGUGUGAGAUUCUUGUCUUCAACCUGUCAGAAACCAGGGCUCAAACUUUUCUACCUACAUUUACAAUUCUGACUUUGUCC